UCUAAAUCAAACUAGUUUCACUUGCUCAUCAGUGAGGACAGUGGAUGUAAGUGGGUGAUAAUCCAGACAUGAGGAAACAACUGGUGCAAAUACUUGGCUUCUUAACUUCAUCACUGGGAUGGACAUUUGUGCUGUGUACCAUGGCCAUGGACUACUGGAGGAUUACCCAAUUAGGAGGACAAGGAGGCUCCUUCAUCAUUAAGGUGGCCUGGUACUGGUCCAACCUGUGGAAGGAUUGUUUCACUGAUUCUACAGCUAUCACCAACUGUCGAGACUUCCCAGUGCUCUGGAGUGUCACCCCUUUUGUCCAAGGAGUGCGAGGACUGCUGAUGUGUGGGUUGACUCUGGGAUUCUUUGCUGUGGUACUUAGCUUUCUUGGGAUGGAGUGCACUUUUAUCGGAGGAGGCGAUAAAACCAAAGACAAAAUGCUUUUUAGCGGAGCAGUAUUUCAUGUCGCUGGUGGUGUGUCAAAUAUUGCUGGCUAUUGCUUAUACAUCAACAGGGUCGCCAGAACAACCUUUUCUGCCAGUUUAGAGCCAGGAAUCUUACGGUAUGACCUGGGACCUCCCAUAUUUCUUGGAUUAGUGGGAUGUUUUUUAAUCCUUUUGGGGGCUAUCUUUUAUGCUGUGACCGUCUUCCGCGUAAUCUGUCCUGAAAGUAAAGUGGUGUAUGCCUAUGGGGGAGGCACAUAUAUGGUCCCUCGCUCCAGGGGAAGAACGUACACUGGCUACUACAAACCUUCAUGGCAGAAUGGAUCAUAUCAAGGAUCAGGACCUUCCAACAGCUCUAAGAUUUCAAAGCUCUCUCAGACAAUACCAACAAAAAUGUCAGAAAGAGAUGCAUUUGUCUAAUAUCUCCAAACCUAACCUUAAUUCAUAUGCUUCCGAUUCUGACACCAACAGGGCAAACCCACAAAGACAUUGGAGCUUGAAUUCCAAAUGAAUCACCAAAUGUAAAGGUUGAUAAUACGAAAAUACUCUCAACAUUCUCUUAUGUGCGCAAUUUUUGUGGUCAUUCUCAUUUACUUGUCUCAUUCACUUGUCAUGUUUUUGUAUAUCAUACUCAAUAAAAUUGUGUUUAC